GAGGACAGAUCGUGGGGAAAGCCUCCCUCUGGGUAUUGGGCCCCCAGGGACAGAAGCAAGAUGCUCAGGCCCCCAGUGUUGGGCAGGAGUCACCUGAAGUCCGCGGGUCUCUCCAUCCUGGUCAGACAGAUGUGGGGGACCCUCUGCCGCCACCCGCUGAGGCCGGAGCGAUGGUGCUCACGGGGCCCCUGUGCACACAGAAAGAGGACGGACGCUUUGCACCCUCUCUGGAAGGGCCCGGCCUCCGUGCCAGGGGGCGGCCGGCAGUCCCCCGUCAACAUCCGCUGGAGGGACAGCGUCUACGACCCCCGGCUGAAGCCCCUCAGGGUCUCCUACGACGCGGCGGCCUGCCUCUACGUCUGGAACACCGGCUACCUCUUCCAGGUGGAGUUCGACGACUCCGCGGAGGGGUCAGGAAUUAGUGGUGGCCCCUUGGAAAACCACUACAGACUAAAGCAGUUCCACUUCCACUGGGGAGCAGUGAACGAGUGGGGCUCAGAGCACACAGUGGACGGCCACAUGUACCCGGCAGAGCUGCAUCUGGUUCACUGGAACGCUGGGAAGUUCCAGAGCUACAAGGAAGCCAUGAUGGGAGAGGACGGCUUGGCGGUGGUAGGCGUGUUUUUAAAGCUGGGGGCCCGCCACGAGGUGCUGCAGGAGCUGGUGGCAGUCUUGCCGGACAUAAAGCACAAGGACACGCGGGCGGCCCUGGGCCCCUUCCAGCCCUCCUGCCUGCUGCCCGCCUGCCAGGACUACUGGACGUACCCGGGCUCCCUGACCACGCCACCGCUCUCCGAGUCGGUCACCUGGAUCAUCCACAAGGAGCCCAUCGAGGUGGCCCAGGACCAGCUGGCCGCCUUUCGCUCGCUCCUGUUUUCUGCGCUUGGUGAAGAAGAGAAGACGAUGGUGAACAACUACCGCCCACUUCAACCCCUGAUGGAGCGGAAGGUUCGUUCGUCCUUCCAGGCCACUGAGGACGGUGCAGGACCCUCAGUUCACGGUGUCCAAGCUAACAGGUAGAACUGACUUUAACAAGAGAAAGUAUUGUUUCCCGGGCUUCGUGGUCUGAUCGUACGUAACCUCUGAAAUUAAAGAGAGAG